AUGUCCGAAGAAAACUCUUGGUUAAGGUGGGGCACGAAAGCGCCCGAGCCACCGGUCGAAGAAUUCCCCUGGUCGAAAUGGGGCAUGAAAGCGCCAGAACCAGUUUCUGCGCCUAUGGACGAGGAUGACGAUCAGAACAGUGACGAAUCAUUCGACGGCCCCGAUGUCCUUCCGCACGAAGAAUAUUGGGACGAAGAUGAAGAGACAACAUUCAUCGAGUCCGAAGCAGGAUGGGGCGGAGAAGGCUGGAGAGGGAAACGAAUCCUGGGCAAAGGCGGGUUUGGAAUUGUUGGGCUGUGGACGAGGCCCAGCGAGGACGGGCGGGCAGCGGAGCACCUGGUCAUCAAGCAAGAUCUGACAAGAAGGGGAUUCGACAUGGAAAAGCCCUACGAAGUGAUCGCCAUGGAAGAACUCGCGCAGUGCGAGUGUCCGAAUUUUGUCAGCCUGAUGGCGUACCGGCGCUUCAAGAAAGCAAAGAAACAUCGCAUGUACUUGGAGUAUUGUCCGUUCGGGACGCUGAAGCGGCUUAUCAGGAAUUAUCGACUUUGGGGGCAUUAUCUACCGGAGCCUUUUCUUUGGAAAAUUUUCGCUGGGCUGGCAAAUGCAGUGUCAUGUAUGGAAGGAGGGCAGAUUGAUGACGAGGGUAAUUUGAUAAGAAUGUGGUCGGACGAGUAUAUCCAUCGGGAUAUCAAGCCAGAGAACGUGUUGAUGGAUGAUCCGGAUCUUCAAAUUGACGGAGGAAAUCCGUACCCCUAUCCGAUCCCAAAGCUUGGAGAUUUUGGACUUGCAGUGAAGACCCAUUUGCAAGAUAGGGCAAAUCCCUUUGAUUAUCUAGACGCCGGAACGUCAGGAUACAAAGCCCCGGAGCAAAUGGAAGUGGUUGACGCAAUGUCCGCAUGGACUAACAUUUGGGGCAUUGGCGCGAUUAUGUUUGAGCUGGCAACACUUGUUCCAGUGGUAGCAGUGUCAAACCACAACGUCGCUGACAUGGCACUGCUUGAAAGUACUGAUUAUAGUGAGCCAUUGCGCAAGCUGAUUGCUCAGUGUGUUGAGUGGAGACCGACGAAGAGGCCAACGGCACAGUCUCUGCGGCUUGAAACUCAAAAAUACUGGCAGGCGGUCGCGCAACAGCUUGCAGUAAGUAACGGCGAAUGGGACGAUCAUAAGGACCGGAACCGAGUCUUCUACCGCGGUGUGGAAAUCAAUCAACUCUCAAAGGGUGAUCGUAGUCUACACCGCAUUGAGUGGGCAGCUGCAAAUCGUCAGCUGGAGAAAUCGUACGUCGGUUCUUCUGACCCGAGGUUGCAGCCGCCAUCUUGGUCGGUCACGCCUAUCCCCAGUUGGGACCAGGAUCGUGCAGAAGAAGCCCUCGUCGAGUGGUGA